AUGACAUUUGAAACUGCUGAGGGUUUGGCUGACCAAGUCCUGAAAUUUCUCUCUGAUAAGCUCGAAACAAAUUAUAGAGUUGCUGUUAUUGUCGUAGGUCCCCCCGGCUCAGGAAAAUCUACGAUAAGUGAGAAACUAUGUCAUGAAAUCAACUCCAGGUACAACAAAUACCUAAAAGAGUCUGGUUCCAGACCGCAUUUACAAGAAAACUUGAAUGAGCGUAUCGACCUUUGUGAGGGGAUACCUAAGUUCGAGGAGAAGUCGCUUCAUGAUGUACAAAACGGAUUCUUCAAUCAUGUCCAAGAUCAGGACUUUCAGCCGAAAAAGUUUGUGGACAAAAACGAUGGCUCUGAAGUUGUUGUUGGGAUUGGCGGGCUCCCAAACAGUAUUAGAGUGGAAAACGUUGCUCCCCUUGAGCCUUCAAAUCACGAUUACAAAAUUGCUAAAAUCGUCCCUAUGGAUGGUUUUCAUCUAUCAAGAAGGCAUCUUGAUCACUUUGACGACCCCGUUGAAGCUCACAGACGUCGAGGCUCGCCUCCGACCUUCGAUAGCAAUAACUGCCUACAAUUGUGCAAGCUGCUGGCGAAAACCUGUACAAUUAAACCUACAUUGCCAGUAAACAAGACCACUGCUGAUACAGGCACACUAUUUGAUAAAAUCAGCGACACAUUCUCCGAAAGCGUACCCUCUAUUUACGUGCCUGGUUUUGACCACGCACUUAAAGAUCCUUCGACAGGUCAGCAUUGCGUUGACGCAUUUACUAGAAUAAUUGUGCUUGAGGGUCUUUACUUGCUUUUGGACGAAGACAAUUGGAGGGACAUUUACCCAACCUUUAAAGAUACGCAUGCCGUAAUUGUUUGGAAACUGGACUUAGGCGUCGAUGUUCUUGAACAAAGAGUAGCGAAAAGGCACCUCCAAUCAGGUUUGGCCGCCACACUGGAAGCUGGUGUCGAACGCUUCCGGAUGAACGAUCUCAUCAAUGCAUUGAGAAUAAAAGAACAUUGCCUCGCUGCUGAUGAUAUAGUUUCGAUAUCUAAUAAAUGA